UGUGAAAGUGUGUGAGCUGGCAGAGUUUGUCGGUGGUUUUGUUUUAGUCGGUGCGCAGCUCCCGUGUGGAAAAGUGCACGCGGAGGUGAAACUGAAAGUUCACCAGCCAGUGUGCCUCAAAAUGGCGGAUGAACCAACACGGGAGUGGAGCGAGGAGCAGCUCAAAAGUGAUGACUUGCCCAAAAAAGACAUUAUUAAGUUCAUUCAGGACAAUGCAGCACACUCGUUCCUUGCAGAGCACAAGCUGAUGGGAAACAUAAAAAAUGUUGCCAAAACAGCCAAGAAAGAGCAGCUGAUAGUUGCCUACAAUCAGCUGUUUGAGAGCAAAAGGUUCAAAGGCACAGAGCCUGUUGAGGAUGUGGCUGAGCAGGUCAAAGCUGUGAAAAUUGAAGACAAGCCCAAAGAAGUGAAGACAGAAGUUGUGGAUGAGGGUCCACCCAGGUUCACCAAGUCAGUGCUGAAGAAAGGCGACAAGACUAACUUCCCAAAGAAAGGCGACACUGUGAGCUGCUGGUACACCGGCACCUUGGAGGACGGAACCGUCUUCGACACCAAUAUUCCCACAACGGCCAGAAAGAAGAAGCAGACGAAACCGCUGAGCUUCAAAGUCGGCCUGGGCAAAGUCAUCAGAGGAUGGGAUGAGGCCCUCCUGCUGAUGAGCAAGGGUGAAACAGCCCGAGUGGAGAUUGAACCCGAGUGGGCUUAUGGAAGGAAGGGGCUUCCUGAAUCCAAAAUUCCACCCAACGCAAAGCUGAUUUUCGAGGUCGAGCUGGUGUCUGUGGAUUAACUGACAAAUAUUACCCAGCAUGCACUACUUUCCAAGAGCAGGGGGGGACGGACUUCAUGGCCAUGCUGGAAAGAUACAAGUUUCAAUAGAAUUUGGUUUCUACUGAGCCUGGUUGCCAGUUCGACUGCUUUUUCUCAUUUCUCAUUAUGUAUGACACCUUGGGUUAAAAAGAAAGGUUAUUCAUCACUGUAGCGUCUGAAGUUUAACAUAAUUAUCGUUUCUAGCAUGGCCAAAAUGUGAGGGCUUGUCAAUAUUGUAAAUAUGGGACAACCUGACAGGUUUUUGUUUGCAUUUUGUUCUGUUCUUUUGCAUGUACAAUGUUACAGUUGAAUAAAACGGUUUCAUAGAAUUGAAACAAAGUUA